UUAAAUUGAUGGAAAUUGGGAAAAUAGAUAGGUAACAUAUGCAAAAAUGCGUUUGCUUACUUUUAGUUUCUUAAAAAAUUGCACAUUGAAAUCAUUUUUCAAUGGGAAACCGAGAAAAUAUAGUAGAGUAACACAGACUGAACCCAAAAUUCCACAACUUAAAGGAGAUCCCAAUUACAUUGAAAUAUCUCCAACGUGGGGCACAGAUAUCAAGCCUGAGCUACGAGCUGCCAUACUCCAGGAUAUGCAAGUGUACCCAGGCUUCGUCACUGAAGAAGAAGAGGCAUCAUUGCUGGCUGAAUUAGAACCGUACCUUAAGAGAAUGAGAUAUGAAUUUGAUCAUUGGGAUGAUGCCAUUCAAGGCUUCAGAGAGACGGAACGCAGCCAGUUCAAGCCAGAGAACCAAGUCAUACUGGACCGCGUUAAAGCGUUAGCCUUCACAACCGACACACUACCGCAUGUGCACGUCUUGGACCUGGCCGCAGCUGGGUUCAUAAAGCCGCAUAUUGACGCUGUCCGAUUCUGCGGCGACGUGAUAGCGGGCGUGUGCCUGUGCUCCAGCGCCGUCAUGCGCCUGGAGCACCAGCACGAGCCGGCCCUCGCCCUGCACGCGCUGCUCGAGCGCCGGGCGCUCUACGUCAUGAAAGGCGUGGCUCGCUAUGAGUUCACGCACGCGGUCCUGGGCGGCGAGCGCAGCCAGUGGCGCCACCGCCCCGUGCCGCGCCGCCGCCGCGUCGCCGUGCUGUGCCGCGCCCGCCCCGAGCCCUCUAGCUGAGCGCAGUCCAACCACUCAUACAUACAUACAUACAUAUCCUUAGUCAUUUAAUAAAUAGUGAACGGACGAUGUAAAGCCGACAAAACACCAGGGUCAAUAACCUAAUGUUUUUUGUUGUUCAUUUUUAAAAUAAAGGUUUUUUAUUUAAGUACGCAAGUAAUAUACUAGUAUAAUAAUUUUCGUUGGCUUUUUCCUGACUGGGUGCAGAGUCAGGAAUCAAUAUUCUAGCUUUCCAUUUCUGAAACCGCGCCUGCUGCAAGGAGCGCGUUUAGGACAUGUUUGAUCCUGGUGAACCAGUGGAUAAAAAAUGAAGAUUAGCUACAAACGAACCUAAAUCCUUGGGAUUUUCUGCACAGUUAUCUGUUAUGGAAAUGUGUUGUUAUUUAUAUACAGUAUAUUAUUGAUAUGUCUGGUUGUUGUUCCAAUAAAUAUACUUGUUAC